UGGAAGCGGAGUAGGAAUACCGGCGCAUACGUGGCCCCUACAUUUAUAGAAACUUGGCGAGCGACGGCACAGUUUGCAGAUAGAUUCCUGCUGGUGAAGUGUUUUGUUGUGACUUCUUUGGAUUUUUUCAUCAAUCAAAAUGGCUAUUGAAUUAACUACGGAAGACAAGCUCGAAUACAACUUCUUCCCGAACCGUUCGGGCUACUUCCAAUUCCGCAUCAAAGCACCAAACGAUGCUCACAUCGCCCUCUCAACAGCUGCCGCCGAAGUUGACCCAAUGUACGAGGUCUUCAUCGGAGGCUGGGCCAACUCCAAGUCCAUCAUCCGCAAAAACAGGCAAAAGCCCGACGUAGCUGAGGCUCCCACCCCAGGCAUCCUGAACGAGAACGAGUACAGAGGAUUCUGGAUCAGAUUCGGCAACGGAACCAUCUCCGUUGGACGUGAGGGUGAGGUUCCACCAUUCUUGGAAUGGACCGACGCCGAGCAGGUUAACAUCGAAUACGUCGGCGUCUGUACCGGUUGGGGUGCCUCCGGUAACUGGAUCAUCGAACAGGCAGGCCCAGCGGCUCCCAUGGGAUUCCAGCCACGUGGCGGUUUCUCCACGCAAUGCUGGGUACCGGCCAGCAGCGGACAGGUUCCGCCCAGCAGCUUCGCCGGCGGUGAAGACGACGGAGAGCCGUUGUACGUCAUCAGGGCUAACUUCAAUGGUGGAUUAAUUCCCGGCAAACUCAAGUCCAGCCAUGGAUGCGCCUACAUUCCAUGGGGAGGUGCCGAAAAUGCCGUCAACGAUUACGAAGUUCUUUGCGACUUUAACGGUCAAUGGUUGGCCGCGUCUGGUGGCAAUAUUCCACCGAACGCCGUAACCGCUGGCCAAAGCGAGGAUGGCGAACCCCUGUACGUUGGAAGGGUUGUUCACGAUGGAUAUUUGGUCGUAGGAAAGGUUCAACCUAGUCACGGUGUUUUGUACAUCCCAUUCGGAGGACAAGAAUUGUCCUUCGGCGACUACGAGAUUUUGGUACAAUAAAGGGACUGAUUAUUUAAUGGAGAUUACAUGCUUAAUUGCUGCCUAGGAUUUACAUCCAUAUUUAAAUUUUAUCUAUGCAGACGCACUAUAGUGACAUUAGGUGCCUUUUCUACAUGUAAGCAAAUAAAGAAUUGUGUCUUAUUUUUAUACAUAAAUGAGAUUGUUAAUGUUGGAAUUAUUUAAUUUAUUAUACAUAAUUGUUUACUUUGUUUAAUGGUGAGCACUAUUGAUUUAUAAAAUUUGUAAUUUGAUAUUAUGUUUAUAAUAUAUUACCUAUUAAAUUAA